AUGGCGCUCAAAUUACUCGUCAACGCCAGUCUGCUGGUCAUUCCGAUCGGAGGCAGCCUGGGUGCUCUAUUCGGCAUCGACGCUCACCGUUCGGCAACCGGCCAGCCCCCGCUGUUCACCGGCGAUGGCAGCGAUGGGAAUGGGGGAUCGACCGGAGGGGGAGGAAGUACCGGAGGUGGCUCGGGCGACAGCGGACACACCGUGAACAACGGGGUCACCAACUCCAUGUACUGCCAGAACUCAUACGGUAUCUCGCCGCCCUCUGACGGCCAACUAUACACAUUGAACCCCAAUCAAUGGGGUGUGACAUCUUCAUCGGAGGGCGCAUUGUGCAUGAACAUCACCACGAAUAACAACGAAACCUAUCCGUCCAAAUACACCGCUCCUCAGUUCUCCGUCACCUGGCAAUACAAACCCGGCCCGGAGACUCAGCCCGUGCAUGCCUUCCCUAAUAUCAUGGUGGACGGUGUCCUGCCAGUGGAAUUGGGCAAAAUGUCCUCCCUCAACCUCGAUCUGCACUGGACCUACGGCGUGGGCAACACCCCCGCGGAGACCACGAUCGAAUCCGAAUUGACCGCCCAAACCCUCAACGCCAACGUCGCCGUGGAUAUGUUCUUCGACAGCGAUCAGACCAUCGCCCAGAACAGUACUACUGCCAAGUACGAAGUCAUGAUCUGGUUUGCCAAUUACGGUACUUCAACCGACCCCAUCGGUUCCCAGGUCACAAGUAGAGAAUUGAACGGCACGUCAUUUGAACUCUACGCUGGAACAAACAAGGCGACGGGGCAGAAUGUCUUCACGUGGAAAGCGACCGAACCAACGGAGCGCUUCGUGGGUGACAUUUAUCAGCUGAUCACCGAUCUUUACUCCCUCCCGGGCGACCUGUACCCCUCGAGUGAAGACUACCUGGGAAUUUUCAGUUUCGGUAGCGAAGCAUUCUACUCGGAUGCCAACGUCACCUUCUGGGUUCCCGAAUUGGGCAUAGAUAUCGAGAAGUCGUGA